CUCUCUUCUUCUUCUUUUACCCUCAGAGGCCGACUUCUCUCGCCGAAAAUGAAGAGAUUUCAUUCAGCUACCGGGGAUGAUGAUGAUGAACCCUCAGCCCCCAGCAAAUACGUGACGCUCGUUUCCGGGGACGGCUUCGAGUUUGUCGUGCUGCGUGAGGCGGCCAAGAUCAGCCCCAUCAUCAAGGGCAUGCUGGACCCGAGGAGUCAAUUCGCCGAGGCCAAGGACGCGAGAUGUGUGUUCCAAGAGAUGAGCGGCCUGGUGCUUGACAAAGUGGUCGAGUACUUCCAUUACUGGUACCGUUACAAGGACAGCGAAGACGUGCCCGACAUGGACAUUCCUGUCGAGCUUUGCCUCGAGCUGUUGGCCGCAGCCGAUUACCUGGGCUUGGAUCAGGCCAAUAUGAGCACGAAAUGAGACGGCACAACCACUGGAUGUUACUACCCAGACAGAUUAUGACACGAAGAUAUGAUACCACACCGAUUACAGAAAUAGAAGAGGAAAGCAAUAUGACCUCGCCUUAAUACUAAGAAUGAUGAAUUCAGCAGCUCUUCUUCUUC